UUCCUGAGUGGGACUGAAAAGUUAGGAUUUUACUUUCCAUAUCAGCUUGGAUCUUUGUUUUGACCAAAUUUAAAGUUUUGCCUAUGAAUCCUGGACUGCUUAAUGGAGGCAAAUAAGAAGCAGAGAUGAACAAUUUUAAUAAAAGUGUAACAAAGGUAUCAGUAGGACCGUUGACUAAGCCUGCCACUUUCACAUUUGUACCAGUGCUACAGAAAUUACCCAUUAAAGGCAUUCUUACUGAGGAGGAGCGAUCUGAAAGCCUGACAGGAGAUUCAGAUCAGAACAUAGCUUUGUCCCGUAAGAGAACAACCAGGGAGACCAUGUCAGACGGUCAGAUUUUCAAAGCAAAGAUUGUCUUUAUCAAGGACAUUUUGGAGGGACAUACAGCAGAACCCAAUCUGAAGUCUCCACAUGAUCAUGUGAGCCUCUCUCUAACCAGAGCCUCUCCUUCAGUCAACGCUUGGUCCAAAAAUACACCCAGUCACCUAACCAAAGGCACGGUCCCUAUGGAAACAGCUGUUGAUAAACAAAGGGGCAUUUCCCGGCAGAAGUCUCAUGAUAUCUCCAGACAUGCUGAGGUUAGCUUGGGCUGCUUUGCAGACAUAACUUCCAUGUCAGAAGACAGGACAAGCCCCACGCUCUCUGCAGACUUGUUUCCCACUCCAGCUUCAUCAAGGGAAUCCAUCCUCUCAGAGGGCUCGGAUAAAGACAGAAGCUGGUCCGCCAUGCCGCUUUCGUCUGUAACCUCUCCUGCCUCCUUCAGCCGCACUGUUUCAUCUUGCUCGUCCAUCCGCUCUGGUGUUUUUUCCCCUGCUGUCAUCCAGAUUAAGAGGCACUUUCUUGCACCUGGUUCUAGUUUGGUUCACAUCCCUCAAACCUGUUUCUCAUCCUGUGACAGCCUGUCCUCUGUGUGUUCAGAGAUCUCCCCUCCUCGGCACCGGCCUCCUCUCACCCGGCUCUCCCUCCUCACUGCCAUCCUUAGGAAAGGUCGUCUUCCUGUCCUGUCUCCUACACCACAGAGACCUUACACCCCCUGCUGGCCUGUUAACCCUGUGACCCUGUCUUUCUGCAAUGCAUGCUCAGCUGCCUCUAGUGUGGCCUCCACUCCUCUCCAUUUUUCCUCUCAGUUCUCCUCAUCAACAUCUAUAGAUAGUCAAAACCAUGUUCACAGGGAACCAAGUAGGUGCAUCACUGCUCCCCCAACAGUGGAAUCAGGUGUGCACAAAAGGACAUACCCUCAAACUGACGUAAAAAAGUGCUCCGGGCAAAUUGGCUCAAGGAGUGAGCUUAGAAGGGAGCCCAUCAUUUCACCUCCACCGGUAAAGAGCAAUACACUGCCUCAAAGUCCUCUGCCUCUGUACUCAAACUCCAAAUCUGUUACUCAAAUGAACCUUGACAAAGCUGGCUCUGCAAGUACACUACACAGCUCCAUUUCCAAGUCCAGCAACACACACAUGUUUAUGAAGGGCCACACAGAUGGUAACUUUAAAAAACUCAUCUCCCCAUCCAUAAAACUUGUUAAUGAGUCGAAGACCUCUGCACCCCAGAAAUUGACUCUCCAACCAAAUUCAUCUCUUUCAAAGCUCCACUCGCUAUCUCAGCAACUGAGAUCUCUGCCUGCCUCUCCUCCUCAUCUACAGCCUUCUCAGUCACGCAUCACUGUUUCCUACCCUCACACAGAUGCAGCAUCUCCUUUCCCUCCUUCACAAAACACCAGCAGGGUGGGAGGAUGCACUUCAGAGAGGAGCUGCCCAGUUUCCAGAAGUGUUACACCUUUACAGGCUUUUCAGAAAUCGCACAACUUAUCUCCUUCUCGCUACACUCCCAUUGCUCUUUCUGGAUGGCUGUCGCCCACCAGCACCCAGACACUAACGCCCUCUCCUGCUCCAACAUUCAGAGACUUCACCCCAUCUCCUUCUCUUUCUCUGCGCUCCACACCCUCUCCAAGGCCGGGGAGUGGAAUUUCAGACUGCAGUGACAGGGAGGGUAAAAAAAGAAAGGUGCGCAAGAUUAAGUCAAGCUACAAGUCACUCGCUGCAAUUCCCACAAAUACCCUUCUAUUGGAGCAGCAAGUGAUAGAUGAGCAGGUAGAGAAAGAGCAGAGUCCCCACGACACACUGAACAGAUGUGUUAAAGACACCCACGCAGAGAUGUGCUCACCAGCUCAACUCAGGCAGCAGUCAGAGGAACUAUAUGCAGUUAUUGAUGAGAUAUUGGCAAAUUCCAUUCCAGCAACCUCAACAUCACCAAUCACCAAAACUGGCUUCCAGCAAAGAAACUCAUCAUUCCCAAAGUCCUUGGGGCGUGAAACCAAAUAUGCAUCUUUGUGCAGCUUGCACCCAUCCACCGGUAAGGAGAAAAAACUGAUGGAUCCCAAAAAGACGAAACCUGGGAUCAUUCGCCCAAAUACGGCCAUUCCGAGCCUCACAGGAAAGGUUGAAGACAAAUUUAAUCCAAAUUCCUUCCAACAGUUACUCAAGCAGACUUUAAUAGAAAAAAAAAAGAGGGAAAAUACGAGUCUUGAAGAGGGACAGAGAGAUUUGUAUGCAGGCUCAAGUGAGAAAACGCUUAAUGAGGAGAGGAUGCCUGAAAGAGGAAGUCCAUUCUCUGUGUGUGAGCUGCACAUUAAAGAGCCCGGUGAGGACAUCAAUCAUCUCAGCAAAGAAGCUCCAACAUCUUUCAGCACUACUGAGAAGCAUAUGGAAGCCUUUGAGACUCACAUUUAAAAUGUUAAAUUUUUCAUUCUUUUCACUGAAUGAUCAUCUGUUAAAACCCUAUUACAGACAUUGAUGAAUGACAAGAUGAUGGCACCUUACCAGAAGUAAGAAAUAAGUGAUUCUGUUUGAUUGUUUGUUGUAAUUGACAAGUUGUAGUUGAGACACCCGAGAACCUUAGCCUUGGAGGAAGGUGGGGAGGAUCAUUAUUUUCGGGGUUCAGUGCAGCUGUUAUGGUCUGUCAAUCUUCUCAUUUUACUUACAGCUUGUUUGCAAUUUACAUUAAUAAAUAGAGACAUAUUUACCAUUUUUAAUAUUUUUUGAAUUUCUGAAAUGAUUGGGUUCAUAACUUUGUACAAGGUGGACAGGAGCGUUUACCAGCUUCAUUAAUUAGACAAAUGCAAACUGUGUCUGUUGGUCUCUGAUCUUUUAGUGCUGGCUUCUGACUGAAAUCUUAUCAAUGUGUAAAGAUUUUCAAUGUUUUAGAUGGCACCUUGUGUGACAGUUAAAUCAAUAUAUUACAACCCUACAAUGAGGGAUUAGAUGAUCAAUUUUACAAAAUCAUAAAACAAUUUUACAGGUAAUAUUAGUACAAGAGUGAUAUUAUUGUAUGUCUUGCAAUGUCAUGUUUCAAGAGGGGAUGUAUUGCUGUGCAGAGCUAUUUUAUUCAAAUACCAGCGGCACAUGCAUUUGGUCUGUUGUUUCAUUAUUUCAUCAAAAGAUUGAAUAUGUGGACAAGAAAAACAAAGGACAACUGUAGCUGCCAUGUCCUGUACCUUGCUAUAUCAUAUUGAUGUAUAUGUCAGACAAAGAGACUGACAGCAGUGAACAGUCAUUAACCAAUAAAGAACUGACAUCGCUGCAAAGGUCACUCCAAACCUUAAUUUAGAAAGUACCAGCAUCCACAGGGGAGAACCACCAAAUCCAGAGCAUGAUAGAUGUAGAAACCACAAAAAAGAAAGUAGAAAGGAAUUUUUGAAUAAUGUUAUUAUUAUUAUUAUUAUUAUUAUCCUCAUUGAUUUCUGUCAGUAUUGCCACUCUUGAUGAGAAAUACUAAAUUUCAACAUCACAAAUCACAAAAAGCUAAGACCAUGGGGGCAGUAUUUAAUGACAGGUUUUUAAAUUCAUAUGAUCGCAGAAUUGUCCUUUUGUGUUUCAAUUUUGAUGUACAAACACUUGCCAGCCAUUUAAAAUUUGUGCAAUAACUCAAACAGUCUCUUAAUUUAAGUCCAUGUUGACUCAGUUUGAUUAACAAACUGUCCAUUUCUGCACCACCAAGAUAAAACAGUAUGCAAGCAAAGAAAUUGUGAUGAAGGACAUAAACUCUUUGUCUUUCUUUCUUUAAUUAAAGCACCACGUAUCCAGUUCCCUUAAAGAAACUGUCAUUGUCCAAAUUCAGACUUCUGGGACAGCAAAUUGAGAUUAGUGGUCUCCAUGGAAACAAAUAUUAUCCAUUUAGUGUUGUCUUUCACUCACUCUGAAACAGAAAGGCAUCAAAGUAUAAAAUAUAUAAAACAUAGAAUAGAUUUUUUUUAUUAUUAUUUACACUAAAUGGUUGAAAAAAAAGAAUAAAAUUAAAAAGUUUGUAUUUAAGUUUUCUUGCCUUCAGAUUUGAUUUUCGCCAUCCUUGGGGUAUUUAUGCAUUUCCUUGCUCAUUACAGAACAACUUCAUAUUAUAACUUGGUUUGAGUAUAUAUUAUAUAUAUAAUAUAUAUAUAUUAUUUUACUGCUGUGUCGUCUUGUUUAAAAC